CGCGCAGCACACCCCGUGGGCCGUGCGGCGCUGAGGCUGCUAGGAGCACCUACCGCAGAUAGGGGGAGAAACUCAGCCGCCCUCGGCUCGCUGACCCAUUUUCCUCCUCCUCCCCUUUUGUGAGAGCCGCAGACAAGUGCCCGGGCCGUCAUGGAGGUCAGCAUGGACUCGGAUCAACUUGAACGUGUGUUCUUGCGCCUUGGCCAUGCAGAAACAGAUGAGCAGUUACAGAACAUUAUUUCCAAAUUCCUACCCCCUGUUCUCCUCAAGCUGUCCAGCACACAGGAAGGAGUUCGUAAGAAGGUUAUGGAGCUGCUGGUUCAUCUAAACAAGCGCAUCAAAAGUCGUCCAAAAAUCCAGCUUCCAGUAGAGACGCUACUGGUUCAGUAUCAAGAUCCUUCUGCGGUGUCUUUUGUCACUAAUUUUACCAUAAUUUAUGUUAAGAUGGGAUACCCCCGUUUGCCUGUGGAAAAACAAUGUGAAUUGGCUCCAACUCUCCUCACUGCAAUGGAAGGGAAACCUCAACCUCAGCAAGAUAGCCUAAUGCAUCUUCUAAUACCAACCCUUUUUCACAUGAAAUAUCCCGUUGAACCACUGAAAGCAGCAGCUUCUCCGUUUAAUCUUGCUGAAAAACCAAAGACUGUACAGCUGCUUUUGGACUUUAUGUUGGAUGUCCUUCUUAUGCCUUAUGGGUAUGUAUUGAAUGAAUCUCAGACUCGACAAAACAUGCCCUCAGCACAGGGCUCUUCAUCCAGUAGUAGCAUGGGAGGUCCUGGAAUCCCUCAGCCUCCUCCAGGGAUGAGCUUUUAUGCAGCUAAAAGGAUAGUUGGAGAUAGCCCAUGGACACCAGAACAGCUGGAACAGUGUAAGCUGGGGAUCGUGAAGUUCAUUGAAGCUGAGCAGGUGCCAGAGCUUGAAGCUGUUGUACAUCUGGUUGUAGCCUCCAGCGAUACAAGACACAGCGUUGCCACUGCAGCAGACCUUGAAUUGAAAAGCAAACAAAGUUUAAUUGACUGGAAUAAUCCUGCUAUCAUCAACAAAAUGUUUAAAGUGUAUCUUGGGGAUAUACCACUGAAAACCAAGGAGGGAACUGUUCCAAAGCCGGAAAUGAAACGAGAAUCGGUCAGCACUCGAGUUAAAUUAAAGAUUGUUCCUCAUCUUCUGCGAUCUAGACAAGCUGCAGAAACAUUCCCAGCUAACAUUCAGGUGGUCUAUGACGGACUCUUUGGUGCAAACACCAAUACAAAACUGAGAAGUCUAUCCUUGCAGUUUGUGCAUCAUAUUUGUAUCAUUUGUCCAGAAAGUAAAAUAAAGCCCUUAGGCCCGAUGCUUUUAAAUGGACUUACAAAGCUGAUCAAUGAAUACAAAGAGGAUUCCAAACUGCUGUCAAUGGCAUAUUCAGCGGUUGGAAAACUUUCCAGCCGAAUGCCUCAGCUCUUUACCAAGGAUAUAGCACUGGUGCAGCAGUUUUUUGAAGCUUUAUGCAAGGAAGACACUGAUACCAGGCUUGCCAUUCAGGAGGCCUUGUCUAUGAUGGUUGGAGCAUAUAGUAACUUGGAAGGAGCCCAGCGUACUCUGAUGGAAGCCCUUGUGGCUUCUUAUCUAAUAAAGCCUGAAGUUCAAGUACGUCAAGUGGCUGUCAAAUUUGCUAGCACAGUAUUCCCUCCAGAUCAUAUCCCUUCCAGAUACUUACUACUGUUAGCUGCUGGAGACCCGCGGGAAGAGGUACAUGGGGAGGCUCAGCGGGUACUGAGAACAUUUCCUGGUAAAAAUGAAAAGGAGAGUGCUGGAAAGCAGAUGCCUUCCUUCCCAGAAAUGGUCCAUUACAUCCAAGAUAAGGCCUCUCAGCGAAUGAAAACUCCAGCUAAAUACAUGACUGGAACUGCAGCCUUGCCUUUCAAUCCUGCCACAUUUGGGGAGAUAGUCCUAUACCUACGGAUGUGUCUUGCUCACAGUGCAGGUGUGGUACCAGCUUCACAGAACUUGGCAGAUAUGCAAGAUCAUGCUCCAGCCAUUGGACGUUACAUAAGAAACCUCAUGUCUGGCGACCACAUAUCCUUCUCUUCCUCCUCCUCCUCAAAAAGUGGAGAAACCAACCCUGUGCAGAUAUAUGUUGGCCUUCUUCAGCAGCUGUUAUCUGGUGUUGGAGGUUUGCCAGUCAUGUAUUGUCUCCUGGAAGUUGUUUCAGUAUAUCCAGAAAAACUAGCUACCAGAUUUAUAGAUAAAAUGGAUUGGAUAAAGAGCUUGAUGAACACAAACAAAGAAGAAAUGCGUGAGCUUGCAGCCUUGUUUUAUUCGGUAGUGUUGUCUACAAUGUCUGGAGAUGAGCUUAGGGCCUCUGUAGAGCAGCUGAUCAAGAUGACAAAAGACAAUCAUAGCCCGGAGGUCCAACAUGGCUCCUUGUUGGCUUUGGGAUUUACAGUAGGAAGGUACUUGGCCAAAAGGAAAAUCAGAACAAUGGAGCUACACGACAUAGAACCGCCCAACACUGCAGUCAUGCCGGAACAAGAACAGCUCAUAAAGUCGACGACAGAGACAAUAGGUUCUUUUUUGGACAGUACCUCGCCCUUCCUUGUGGUAGCUGCUUGCACAGCUCUGGGGGAGAUUGGCAGGAAUGGUCCCUUGCCAAUCCCCAGUGAAGGCACAGGAUUUACAAAGCUGCAACUUGUUGAAAGCUUAUUGGCCCGAAUCCCUUCCAGCAAGGAAACAAAUAAGAUGAAGGAACGAGCAAUACAAACAUUAGGUUACUUUCCAGUGGGAGAUGAAGAUUUUCCCCACCAGAAGCUACUGCUGCAAGGUUUAAUGGAUUCUGUGGAGGCCAAACAAAUAGAACUGCAGUUCACCGUUGGUGAAGCUAUUACCAGUGCUGCUGUGGGAACCAGCUCAGUGGCUGCACGUGAUGCGUGGACAGUCACAGAAGAGGAAUAUAUCCCUCCUCCAGAUUUGAAAGUGAAUGAUGUGGUUCCCUGGGUGCUAGACCUUAUUUUGAACAAGCACAUUAUCAGCCCCAACCCACACAUUAGGCAGGCAGCCUGCAUCUGGCUUCUGUCAAUGGUGAAAAAACUGAGCACACACAAGGCGAUUAAGUCUCAUCUCAAGGAUAUUCAAGGUGCAUUUGUUUCAAUUCUGUCAGAUAGUGAUGAGCUUAGUCAAGAUGUUGCUUCAAAAGGUCUUGGGCUGGUAUAUGAACUAGGAAGUGAACAGGAUCAGCAAGAGCUAGUCACCACACUCGUUGAUAACCUUAUGACUGGGAAAAGAGCCAAACAUGAGGUGACUGGAGAAACUGUGGUGUUUCAGGGUGGCCUGAGCAAAACUCCAGAUGGUCAAGGUCUUUCUACUUACAAGGAGCUUUGUUCACUGGCUAGUGAUCUUAAUCAGCCAGACCUGGUGUACAAAUUCAUGAAUCUGGCCAACCAUCAUGCCAUGUGGAAUUCUCGGAAGGGAGCAGCUUUUGGUUUCAAUGUGAUAGCUACCAAGGCAGGAGAACAACUGGCUCCGUUUUUGCCUCAGCUCCUUCCACGGCUCUACCGUUACCAGUUUGACCCCAACCUUGGUAUUCGACAGGCAAUGACCAGCAUUUGGAACGCCUUGGUCACUGACAAGUCAAUGGUUGAUAAGUAUAUGAAGGAAAUUCUUGAAGACUUGAUCAGUAACCUAACGAGCAAUCUGUGGAGGAUCAGGGAAUCCAGUUGUCUAGCACUGAAUGAUUUACUAAGAGGAAGACCUUUGGAUGACAUUAUAGACAAACUUCCAGAGAUCUGGGAAAUCCUAUUUAGAGUGCAAGAUGACAUUAAGGAGUCUGUGCGAAAAGCAGCAGAACUAUCCCUAAAAACUUUAAGUAAGGUCUGUGUGAAAAUGUGUGAUCAAUCUAAAGGAGCAGCAGGUCAGAAGACUAUAGCUGUAUUGCUCCCUUGCCUCCUAGACAAAGGAAUAGUAAGCACAGUCGCUGAAGUCCGAUCUCUCAGCAUUAACACUCUUGUGAAGAUCAGUAAAAGUGCUGGACCUAUGCUGAAACCUCAUGCACCAAAACUUAUCCCAGCCCUGCUGGAGUCCUUGAGUGUGCUGGAGCCUCAGGUUCUCAAUUACUUGAGUCUUUGUGCAACAGAUCAGGAGAAAACUGCCAUGGAUAGUGCCAGACUUAGUGCUGUAAAGUCAUCUCCCAUGAUGGAAACAAUUAACAUGAGCUUGCAGUACUUGGAUGUGUCCAUCCUGGGUGAGCUGGUUCCUCGGCUCUGCGAACUGAUCAAAAGUGGAGUAGGCCUUGGCACAAAGGGAGGCUGUGCCAGUGUAAUUGUGUCAUUAACUACACAAUGUCCCCAGGACUUAACACCUUAUUCAGGCAAACUUAUGAGUGCUUUGCUCAGUGGCUUGACGGAUCGUAACACUGUGGUACAGAAGUCUUUUGCCUUUGCUAUGGGGCAUCUUGUCCGGACUUCCCGGGACAGUAGCACUGAGAAGCUGCUGCAGAAACUCAGCAGUUGGUACAUGGAGAAGGAAGAGCCAGUUUACAGAACAGGCUGUGCUUUAACUGUACAUGCUAUGGGACGCUACAGCCCAGAUGUGGUGAAGAAUCAUGCCAAACACAUCUUGCCGUUGGCUUUUCUUGGCAUGCACGAGGUCUCCGAUGAAGAGAAAGGAGAGAAAGAGGAUUCUACUUUGUGGACUGAAGUUUGGCAGGAAAAUGUGCCUGGUACUCAGGGUGGUAUCAGAUUGUACAUGCAGGAGUUGAUAGUCAUUACCCAGAAGGCGUUGCAGUCCCAGUCUUGGAAGAUGAAAGCGCAGGGAGCAGCUGCCAUGGCAUCAAUUGCCAAACAGACAGGUUCUCUGGUACCACCGCACCUAGGAAUAGUGCUGUCUGCAUUGCUGCAAGGCCUGCCAGGGAGAACAUGGACUGGAAAGGAGGAGCUGCUAAAGGCCAUUGCCAGUGUCGUCUCUGCAUGCAGUGCAGAGCUGCAAAUGUCUGUGCCUGGCCAGCCCAGUGUCAGUGAGGUUGUUCAGGCUGUCCUGAAAGAGUGUCGGAAAGAGAACCUGAAGUAUAAGAUGGUGGCACUGCGCUGUGCAGCUGGGGUGCUACAGGCAACAAAAGAAGACCGAUUCCAGGAGCUGGCAGAUAUCAUCUUUCCCAUGAUAAAGAAGAACUCUGUUGAGAGCAUGGGCAUGGGUUCACCAAAGCACGAUGAAGAAGAUGAGGACAUGAGGGAGAAGGAAAUGCAGAUGGAGUCCCUCAUCUGUGCCUUCGAGAGUCUGGGUAAAGCCUGGCCAAGGAGCCCAGAGACGCAGCGUUGCUAUCGACAAGAAUUUUGCAAGUUAAUGUGUGAGCAUCUGAAACUUAGUACAUGGAAAGUGCAGCUUGGAGUGUUACAGGCCAUGAAUGCCUACUUUCAAGGGUUAAUGCUGUUUGAUGAGGAGCACUCAGACCCUGUGGCUUUGACAGGAAUACUGUUGGAAACCUGCUCGUCUAUCACCUAUUCUUUAGAAAACAAGAGCUACAUGUCCAUAAGAACAGAAGCUUUGUCUGUGAUACAACUGCUGUUCACCAAACUGAAUGAAGCUAAACAGUGGGAAAGCCUGACACCAGAAAGCAGAGACCACCUCAUUUGUUCGUUAUCUACAAUGGCAUCAGACAGCAGACCUGAGCUACGAGAGAAGGCCUUUAUGUUGAAGAAAACACUUGAAAAUCUUGACUAAAUUGUAAACACAAACUAUAAAGUGCCAUGUAAAACAAACAAAAAAAAAGUGCAGUGGUCUGAAAACCAAGUGGGAAAAUGAAGAUUACUCCGUAGCAUGCAUCAUUCCUGGCCAAAAUAAAAAAUGCCUUAAAUUCUAUUCCCCAUUAAUGUUAUUUUUACUCUUUUAAGCUACUGGUUAGUUAUUGUUAUAUCAGUAAAUACCUCUAAUGAUCUGCCCUAGAAUGCUUGCAAGUGUGCAACGUAAAGAAGUGUUCAGGGCAAGAUGCAUUCUUUUUUUUUCUUUUAAAUAGGCAAAAGAAUGUUACUCAGAUCCCCUUUGUCCCUCAAAGAAAUUGUUGAAAAACCACCAGCGCUGGAAGUGAAAGGCAUAUUUGAUUUUUCACUUUGUUGUUUGGGGAUAUCUAUUACUUGCUGUCUAAAUACUCAAUCUUUCUGACUCUACAACAGAAUUAGUCUGUGUUACAUGUAAAAAGUGAAAGCUGCCUCUGCUGAUGUCUGUGUUUUUAAAAAAAAAAAUUCCUGGGGCUUUGCAGAGGCCAGGUGUCAGUGGAAGGAUCCGCCUCUCCUUGUCCUGUCUGCUCCUCCCUUGCAGCCUGUCUGCCCUUGGGUUAUGAAAGGCAGAGUACUGUUAACUUCUCUCCUUCCUCUUUCUCUGACCUCAAAAUGGAUUAACCGAGACUAUGCCUCCCCAGCUAGCACUCUCAGCCUCCCAGUCUUUAAAUGAGAAUGUUUUUUCCUCAAAGGAUGCACAAGAGAGCACUUUACUGAGCUGUGUGGGACAAGUGGUUUGGGUCUGGUUGGAGCCCAGGUAGAACACUGCUCUUCUCAAAAUUGUUUUGCAUGGACACUCCUCAGCUUCAGGAAAAAAAAAAAAAUUAAAAACAGUCUUUUCUAGAUAUGUUUUUGAAGAGUGUUCAGAGUUUGCAAUGAUACUUUUUUUUAAUAGUAGUAAUCUUUCUUUUUUUUCCUCCUCUUCAUGUUUGUCACCCUGUUCUUGCUUUGGAAGCCUGUAAUGAUUAGACUUGUCAGUGUUUGUAACAAACUGAAUGAUCUGUCAUUUCACAGCAGCCCAACUCAUGCUGGUUUCUAGCAAAUACUUUUUAAUUUGCACUUAAGAAGAAAGAAUAUAUCUGCAUUAACUUGGAGUAAAAUUUCUAUAUGAUGAAAUGGCCAGGCUUCCUGUCCCCUUUGCCCUUCCUCAGGCAAAAGACAAGACCUGACCGCUAUAACAACAGACUUUUAGUAGUGUAAAGUUACCACUGUACCGUAAUCUGACCCAUAUGUGUACAGCUUUUUUGGAGGUGAAUGUUUUGCUGAUGGUGAAAUAAAAUCUUUAGUGUUGACAAUAUUAUGUCCAUGGCUUUCAGCAGAAAAAGGUUUGUUUUUCUUAUGUCUCUAGUUCCUCUCAGAUUUGAUCUGUUAGGCAGAAUUAUUCAGAUAGUGUUACCUUUCCUCCAUGCCUGUUCAGAAUUAGGUAUACAGUACCUACUUUUCCCUCAGACGCCAUUUCCCUUUCAAUGUUUCUAGUACUGUAACUAUUUAGUUGUCUGAUUUUAUCCAUGGAAGGGACGAAUGUAAUUUGUGCACACCUGGUAAGAAAAUUUCAGCAAAAAUGGGAAAAUGUGUCCCACUGUGGCGCUUCUGUAGCAGAAAGCUCAGCAUCAUAUACCAGAUAUAAUGCAUCAUGUACUAGAAGUGGUCAGUGAGCAACUCCUUGGUGCUGAGAGCUGGUGCUAUAAUAUUUUGAUUUACACCUUGUUGCAGGGAGCUGUUUUUUGUUUACAUGCAGUUUGAACUGUUAAGCACAGUUGUAAAUUUUAAAAUCUUACUGGGAAAAAUCACUUUAUGGUAUCUUUAAAAUCUUGGUCAUCAUGACAUGUAGUGUCAUGAGCGCUCAAUUUUGUAUUAGAUCAAUAUUACCAGUGAUGCUUUGCUGUAGCAGUUUCUGUCUGACUUGUUUUUUGUUUUUUGGUAUUGGUCAGCAUUACAGUUACAGAAAAGCGAGACUCUCCAAGUCUCUGGUAAUUUGAUUUUUCACUGUGGACUGGAGUAUACAGAGGCAAUGCCUGAUAUGGUCAAAUGACUAUGAAUAGAGUAACUCUAAUAGUGGUCAAUAGCAACUUGUAUUUCUCUACUGGGGAUUUAAACUAUAUCAAAGAGCAUGUUCUAGGAAACCUAAAAACCGCUGAAUUAACAACUCUGCCUGAGAUUGUUAGGAAGGUUGGCGAUGGUAUAAUAGGUUUCUCUCUGAAUCACAAAGCAAUAUGUUUUUUUGUGAUUACAGGAUAGAUUCAGGGAUCCUUUCUGAAGGAUGUGCCUAUACACAAAACCUACCUGCACAAGAGUUGAUUCAGCCAGAGGUCUGAUUUCUACCCCCUCUCAUUUUUAAACUUGACAGGAUUUAAAAAAAAAAAAAAAAAAAAAAAGGAUCGUGGCCUUCCUAGAGUUUUUCCUCUAAAAGUGAUUGCACUAUGUAAAACAUACUGUACUACUUUGCCCAGUGUGGGCAUUUCAUGUGCUGCUGCAAUGCUGCUUUGUACACCUGGAGUGAGGUGUGCAGAUUUGACACUAGCACUCCUUCUAACCUACAAGCUGUUGCUUAAAUGGAUGUAUAUUGAGAAAAGUUUUCUAAUGUUGCAAGAUCUCCAUCAAUUUCACUGCAAUCUGUACUUGGCUGUUGAAGUAUGUAAAUGGACUGAUUGAAAGAAAACCCUCCUGCUUACCAAAAAGGUAAAACUUAAAUAAAGAUGCAUGACCUGUU